UCCUUUCACCAAAGCAACACAAGUGCUAAGACCGCAAUCAUGUCGUCGUCCCUCUCAUUUCUUGCAACCACAGCCUCUCCCUUCCAUCACCACCAUUCCCGCCACUCUCGAAAAGCUUCUCGGGCACCCACUUACUUUUCUCCCUCAGCCUCUGGCGCUGGUACUAAUGCUACUAAUGCUAGUGCAUAUGAUAAUGGUGGCGGCGAAGAAUCCAUUCUGAAGUUGGACAGAAGAAACGUUCUCCUUGGAACGUUCGGAGGUCUGUAUGGUGCUGCCGCCCUCGGCCGCGAGAAUACAGCCGUCGCUUCUCCGGUUGUACCACCGGACCUAUCCAAGUGCAAAACCGCCAAUGCUGGAUCAGAAACCAAACCUAUAUGGGUGGAGUGUUGCCCGCCUUACACCGACAACAGCAAGAUCGUCGAUUACAAGUUCCCGACAUCUUCCACGCCACUGCGCACUCGGAAACCCGCACACCUGUUGGAUGAUGAUGACCUGGCCAAGUACAAGGAAGCCUAUAAACUCAUGAGAGCGCUCGAUCCAAACGACCCAUGGAGCUUGGAGCAGCAGGCCAAGGUGCACUGCCAGUACUGCAAUGAAGCGUACGACCAGCUGGGGUACGACGUCCCGGUGCAAGUCCACUUCAACUGGAUAUUCCUGCCGUGGCACCGCUACUACAUUCACUUCCAUGAGAGGAUCCUCGGGAAGCUGAUCGGUGACGAGAAAUUCGCCCUCCCAUUCUGGAACUGGGACUCGCCGGACGGAAUGACGAUCCCGACCUCUUUUAAAGAUACGACGUCCUCGCUCUACGAUGAAAAGCGCAACCCGGCUAACCUACCGAAGGUGCUGGACUACCAAUACAGCCUCACAAACUAUGAGAAUCCGUACACCGACGAUGAACUGAAGACGAAGAACCUGUAUCAAAUGAACAAGACAUUUCGGGAGUCUCUGCCGCUGCCGGAGCUGUUCUUAGGAGAUCCGGUCAGGGCAGGCGAGGAGGCCUCCAUAGGAAAGACGAUGGGGCGGAUUGAGUCGAUACAUAACGCGGCGCACCAGUUUGUGGGAUUGCCCGAUUCACCGUACCGGGACAUGGGCAACUUCUACUCGGCGGGUUACGACCCGCUUUUCUACUGCCACCAUUCGAACGUGGACAGGAUGUGGCACAUCUACAGGCAGAAGCGAGGAAAUAAAGUCGACUUCAACGAUAAAGACUGGCUCAACUCAUCCUUCAUCUUCUACGACGAGAACAAACAGUUGGUCAAAGUCAAGGUAGAAGACUGUCUCAAUCCGCAGAAACUCCGGUACACCUAUGAAGACGUGGAACUUCCAUGGGCUGACAGCAGCAUCAAGAAAAAGCAGAAGGCCAAGGCCAAACCCAGAUCCAGAGUCUCGUUGGUCCAGGUAUCCGAGUUCGGACCCGACCCAAGACCUCUGGAUUCGACCAUCCGGGCCCUUGUGCAGAGGCCCAAGAAGUCCCGAACCAAAAGCGAGAAAGAGGAUGAGGUGGAGGUCCUCUUCAUCGACGGCAUAGAGAUCGCCCACAAUGGCCCCGUCAACUUUGAGGUGUACGUGGCAGUGCCUUACGGAGGGGAUUUUGUGGGACCCGACCUAGGAGAGUCCGCGGGGAGCUUUGUGAAACUGCCACACUCCCACAUUCGUAAAAAGGGUGAUGCGGAGAAAAAGAAAUAUAGCAUGAAGUUGGGGAUAUCUAGCCUGUUGGAAGAUAUUGAUGCUGAAGGAGCGGAGAAGUUGGUCGUGAGCUUGGUCCCAAAAGACGGGGAAGUCAACAUUGGUGGGAUCCACAUCGAUCUUAUCAAGACCGAUUGGACGGCUUAAAUUAAUAAGAGUACUUGCGACCGAUAGUGGAAGUGGGGCCCACCAUCUCACUCCCACUUCCCUUUGAUUGUUAUCAUUAUGAUAAGAUUCAAGGUUAUGUUAGAGAGUUUAAUUUAAAGGUUCCUGGACUCGGGUGACUCGGACUGACUCGUUCGGUUCUGACUUGGCUGAGCAUCAGGCGCAGUCGCCCUUUAUUUUCAAUCAUGAACCGUGGCGCCGAACAGGAUUGAACUUGACUGAGUUCAAGCUGAUUUGGAUGAAUCGACAAUCCAUGGUUGAUAUAACUCUGCUUUUACUAGUGUCAUGUAAGUGUGUAUGGGAUCACAGGGAUGUGCCCACAGUAAGAUAUGUAAGCUGUCGUUUCUGUUUACGGUUAUGAAUAAUAAAUAUUGGAA